CCAGCCCGCCCGGGGCGGCGGCGCAGAGCCGGGCCGGCGCACGAGGCAGCCAGCGCGGCCAUGACGGCGGAGAAGGCGCUGCCCCUGGGCAAUGGGAAGGCUGCCGAGGAGGCGCGGGAGACUGAAGCGCUCGGUGGUAGCGGCGGCAGCGGUGGCGUCGGCAGCGGGGGCGCGGCGCCCGCGCGCGACCCGCGCGACAAGCGCGACAAGGCUGUCCACGAGCGUGGCCAGUGGAACAACAAGGUGGAGUUCGUGCUGAGCGUGGCCGGGGAGAUUAUCGGGCUGGGCAACGUGUGGCGGUUUCCCUACCUGUGCUACAAGAACGGAGGAGGGGCAUUCCUGAUUCCCUAUGUGGUAUUUUUUAUUUGCUGUGGAAUUCCUGUCUUUUUCCUGGAAACGGCUCUGGGGCAAUUCACAAGUGAAGGAGGCAUUACGUGUUGGAGGAAAGUCUGCCCUUUAUUUGAAGGAAUUGGCUAUGCAACGCAGGUGAUUGAGGCCCAUCUAAAUGUGUAUUACAUCAUCAUCCUGGCAUGGGCCAUUUUCUACCUGAGCAACUGCUUUACCACGGAGCUCCCCUGGGCUACCUGUGGGCAUGAGUGGAACACAGAGAAUUGCGUGGAGUUCCAGAAACUGAAUGUGAGCAACUACAGCCAUGUGUCCCUGCAGAACGCCACCUCCCCCGUCAUGGAGUUUUGGGAGCGCCGGGUCCUGGCCAUCUCUGAUGGGAUCGAGCACAUUGGGAACCUCCGCUGGGAGCUGGCCUUGUGUCUCCUGGCAGCCUGGACCAUCUGCUACUUCUGUAUCUGGAAGGGGACCAAGUCGACAGGAAAGGUUGUGUACGUCACUGCGACAUUCCCCUACAUCAUGCUUCUGAUCCUGCUGAUCCGAGGGGUGACGUUGCCAGGGGCCUCUGAAGGCAUCAAGUUCUACCUGUACCCUGAUCUCUCCCGGCUCUCAGACCCACAGGUGUGGGUCGAUGCCGGGACGCAGAUCUUCUUCUCCUACGCCAUCUGCCUGGGCUGCCUGACUGCUCUGGGAAGCUAUAACAAUUACAACAACAACUGCUACAGGGACUGCAUCAUGCUCUGUUGCCUGAACAGCGGCACCAGCUUCGUGGCCGGGUUUGCCAUCUUCUCAGUCCUGGGCUUCAUGGCAUACGAGCAGGGGGUACCCAUUGCCGAGGUGGCAGAGUCAGGUCCCGGCCUGGCCUUCAUCGCCUAUCCAAAGGCUGUCACCAUGAUGCCUCUCUCCCCGCUGUGGGCCACCCUGUUCUUCAUGAUGCUCAUCUUUCUGGGCCUGGACAGCCAGUUUGUGUGCGUGGAAAGCCUGGUGACCGCCGUGGUGGACAUGUACCCCAAGGUCUUCCGGAGGGGCUAUCGUCGGGAGCUGCUUAUCCUGGCCCUGUCGGUCAUCUCCUAUUUUCUGGGCCUCGUGAUGCUAACAGAGGGAGGCAUGUACAUCUUCCAGCUGUUUGACUCCUAUGCGGCCAGCGGGAUGUGCCUUCUCUUCGUGGCCAUCUUCGAGUGUGUCUGCAUCGGCUGGGUGUAUGGAAGCAACCGGUUCUAUGAUAACAUUGAAGACAUGAUUGGCUACCGGCCACUGUCGCUCAUCAAAUGGUGCUGGAAGAUCGUGACCCCUGGGAUCUGCGCGGGCAUCUUCAUCUUCUUCCUGGUCAAGUACAAGCCCCUGAAGUACAACAACGUCUACACCUACCCUGCCUGGGGCUACGGCAUCGGCUGGCUCAUGGCCUUGUCCUCCAUGCUCUGCAUCCCGCUCUGGAUCUUCAUCAAGCUGUGGAAGACAGAGGGCACGCUGCCCGAGAAAUUCCGGAAGUUGACAGUCCCCAGCGCCGAUCUGAAAAUGCGGGGCAAGCUUGGGGCAGGCCCACGGACGACGGUGAUGGUUAAUGACUGUGACGCCAAGCUCAAGGGUGACGGCACCAUCGCCGCCAUCACAGAAAAGGAGACGCACUUCUGAGCCACCUCCCGCCACCUCAAUGCUUCUUCUCAUUUCUUCUCUUCCCUCCCGUGU